AUGGCGUCCUGUGUCGCCAUGAACGCGCUCUCGCUCGCGCCCGCGCGCACCGUCGUCACCGUCCGCCGCGCCGCGCGCGCGUCGCCGAGGUCGCGCGUCGUCCUCGUCCGCGCCGCGGACGCGCCGGACUUAUCCGUCGGCGGAGCGAAAGCGCUCAAGAGCAAGGAGAAGAAGAAGCUCAAGAAGCUGGAGGAGAAGGCCGCUCGCAAGGCCGCGGCGUCGCAGCAGCUUCAGAAGCCGAGGGUCCGGAAGGCUGCGAGCGGCGAGAAGAAGCCGGACCUCCCGCCCACGGCCGCGGAGAUCGCGGCGUCGGAGAAGUACGACGCGAUGGUCGCGGAGGGCGGCGUGGUGUUCGAGUGCUUCAUCCGCGCGAAAGGCCCGAACCAGUGGUUCCCGGUCGGCCCGAUGGCGGUCAAGCAGGCGUGGAUGAUCGUCCCGGAGAUGUGGAAAGCGGAGGAGCCGCUGCGUAAGGCUGGGAUGAAGAUGUACCCGGGCCUCGCCGCCGCGCCGUGCUUCGGGAAGGUCGAGUACGGGUACAGAGAGCGAGACGACGAGAAGAAAAUCACGGAGGAGCAGAUUCGUGAGAACGCGGGAAAGAUGAACCCGUUCGACGACGUGAUCUUGCUCGAGCGCGGCGAGGGUGAGUCGCCGCCGCCGGAGAAGAGCUGGAAGGAGAAGCUCGACGAGUUCAUGAACCCGUACGGGACCGGGAAGAAAGACUGA